AUGAAAUUGGAAUUGACCAAUCAUAUAAAUCGGACACGUGCAUGUCAAGAAGUAAUAGCGACAUCUGGGGAAGAGCGACAACUUAUCGAUAAAGUCUUAUUCCAACCCGGUGGUAUUGACACUCGCAGUGCAACUGCAGACCGUCUGAGCAAAACAAACGUUCUCUCAGACUUCCGUCAAGGAUAUCAGUUGAGAAUCAGGAAACUUGACUUCACAUCACCGCUAGUCCGAGGUGUUCAAAUUAAUGAGCCCGGAGACUUUCAAGAAAACCCUUUGUGUGGCAAAUGGAGCAGCAAGACAACUGCUUCCAAACAAUGUACAUAUCUCCAGACAUUGAUGCCCGUUUUUGCUUCGGAGGGCUGGGUGAACUUCUACGUUGAUGACAACAUGAUUGGAUGA